CUUACCUGUGCGGUGCGGGCUGCUGGUGGAAAGAGUAGGGCGUGCCUGCCUGCACAGUGGUCCCGCCAUCCGUGGGGCCCCACGCCGGCGGGGCCUGCUGCACGGUGCCCAGCGGCGCUAAGGCGGCGGGCCUGAAACCCAAGCUGAGAAGACAUCAAUCAUUCAUGGGGCUGCUCGCUGGGAAACCCUAACCCCGGCUUAGCAGAGCCGAGUGACCAGCCAGGCCACCCCAUCCCUGACAGAGCCAGAUGGCUAAAACUUUCUCACCCUGGCCCUGCUGCCUCCGGGCAGGCUCUGGGUCCCCCCCCAGCCCAUGGUCCACCUCCUCUGAUAUCUCCCCCAUGUCCCUCACUCUGGCAUCAAGGCCUCUGCGAUCUGGCCUCGCUUCCUCAAUUUCACACACCCUCCACUCCGGCCACGAUGUACCCCCCUGAGGGGCUGCAGUGGGCAACUCGUCCUAUCCUUUCCCACCUCCCAGCUUUUGCCCACACUCUGCCUCCUGACAUGACUUCCCUUGUCCUCUCUUAGCUAAGUCCGCCCACGUCAUGCAACUGGAGUUGGGGACUGGAGUCGAGAACAAAGAGUUCCCGACUCUUCAGCAAUAUGGUCCCCGUUUUAUAGAUAAGGCGACUGAGAGGUGAAAUUGCUGGGCCUCCCAGCUCAUGAGUGGCAGAGCCAGAGUCCGAUGCUCCUUGUGACCCCGUGUCCUGGCACCGCUGUGGCUGAGGACAGUUCUCUUCACGCAUCUGGCUCUGCCCCCAGGCAGACGGCUGGGAUUAGGGCCUGGGCUGCCUGCCUCACUUACCCUAAUCCCCCUCAAGUCUCAUCCCAGGCCAUCAGCUCUCACCGUAGGGGUGCAUAAGCAGCUUUAUGGUUCCUGAGAACCAAGGGUGCUCCCUGGAACUGCAUCUCUGAGCCCCGUUGUCCCUCCCCACAUGGCCACAGACCAGGCGAGGGGGCAGCAUGGCCCAGACCAGGCCCCUGGCCCUCAGAAGCCUCCUGUGGGGGUCGGGCCUUCCAGGAGUGGUGCUGAGGGCCUCCCCUUGACCAGGAAGAGGAGCAAGAAGGAGAGGGGGCUCCGAGGGUCACGGAAGGGUGCUGGCGGUUCUCAGGAACAGACCUCCAUCCCAGGCCCCGAGGCCCCAGGGAGCAGCAAGAACCCCUCUGGGACUGGAGAAGGACAGGGGGAGACAGGUCCUGCAGCCUCUGAGCCAGCCUCCCGUCGCCAGUCCCACCGGCAUCGCCCCAUCCCCCAGCACGAUGCUGCUCAGAAGACCUACGGGCCCCUACUCAAUCGCAUCUUCGGGAAGGACCGCGAGCUGGGCCCUGAGGAGCUGGAUGAGCUGCAGGCCGCCUUCCAGGAGUUUGACACUGACUGUGAUGGAUACAUCGGCUACCGGGACCUGGGCGCCUGCAUGCGGACUCUGGGCUACAUGCCCACCGAGAUGGAGCUCAUCGAGGUUUCCCAGCACGUCAAGAUGCGGAUGGGUGGCCGCGUGGACUUCGAGGAGUUUGUGGAAUUGAUGAGCCCAAAGCUGAGGGAGGAGACGGCGCACAUGUUGGGGGUGCGGGAGCUGCGCAUCGCCUUCCGAGAGUUUGACAGGGACAGAGAUGGACGGAUCACAGUGGCAGAGCUGCGACAGGCAGCCCCGGCUCUGCUGGGGGAGCCACUGGUGGGUCCUGAGCUGGACGAGAUGCUCCGAGACGUGGACCUCAAUGGGGAUGGCACCGUAGACUUUGAUGAGUUUGUGAUGAUGCUUCUCACCCACUGAGGUUCCAGAAGGGAGAAUGUGUUGCCCCUCUGGCCCCAGGACAGCAGGGUUCAUGCUGUACACCCUCCCCACGAAGCCCCCGAAUGGAAGAGACCCAGCAGCUCCCAGGCUUCUUCAGAACCUUGACAACAUCUGGCUGGAGAGUUGCCUUGUGAUGUCACCCACCCACCUAUAUCCUCACCUUCCUCCCACCUGAGCUGCCUGGAGGAAACCUGCAUCCAGUGGCCUAACAUUCUCCAGUAUGAGCAAGAUUUGGAUCUCUCCAGACCCUUGGGAGGUAGCAAGCUCCCUGGCGCUAUAGCAUUCAAAGACAGGGGGACAGAGUUGGGGGGAUUCUGGUAACAUGGCGAAUGGGGAGGGUGGCUGGGUGCCUCCCACUACUUGUGUAAAAAUGUUAAAAAGAAAAAAAAAGCUUAACUUGAAAGAAGGCCAGGGAUAACCCCCGGUACUAAAGACAAAGCAAGAACUCGGAGCUGGGUGGGGGGAGAGAGGGGACACCAUGGGGGCCUCAGCCAUGGAGAGGUUCGGGAGCCUGGGCUCUGACACUUAUGAGUGACAGAAGACCUGUGAGAGGCUGAGGAACAGAACAUGAGCCCGAGUACCUUCCAGGGUCUCAAAGGGCUACCCUGGUCUUGAAAAGGGGAUCAAAAUAUAUUUCCACCUACUGGCCUGAGGAAAUGGCAAGGGUACAGGUGUCCAGGGCCUUGAGUGGAAAAAGCUGCCCUAAGGAACCUGAAACUCAGGCUUGCACAUUAGGCAGGAAGGCUGAAGAAAUAGGGAGAAACUACUGGAAGGGCAGUCUUCAACCCAGGACGCAAUGGACUUAAACAAACAACCCUGUCACUUCUGAAGAUGAACUCAUGAUAAAAAAUUACAAAUCACGUAAGAAAACAAGUCACCAUGGGGGGGACUAGGCAGAUGCAACAAACAGGAGAAUCAGCACCCCAGAAUAUAAUAGGACAAUCUGAAAGGGACCAUAAAGUAAAUGCAAACAAAAAUGAGAUAAAAGAAGGGAGAGAGGCCAAUAUGCAGUAGCAGGAUAGUCUGAAACAGAACAGGAAGAUUAAAAAGAAAGACCCAAUAGAACUUCUAAAAAUAAAGGAUAUAGCCAUUGGAAUGAAAAAAAAAAAAAUCAAGGGAUAAGUUAAACAGCAGAUUAGACACAAUUCAAGAGAAGAUUAAUGAACUGGAAGCUACAUCUGAGAAAUCACCCAUAAGGUAGCACCGAGGGAUAAUAUUACAGAGUGGUUAAAAGUCAUUAGGAGCCUCCGAAGGAGAAAUUACACAGAGUGGGCAGGAGGCAAUACUCAAAGACAUGAUAGCUGAAACUUUUCCAUAAAGGCUUCCACAAAGACAAGCACCCAGAUCAAAGGUACCCACUAGAGCCUGAGAAGGAGAAAUAAAAACAAAUGCAUAUCUAGAUGCAUUCUGGUGGAACUGCAGAACACAAAAGGAAAACCCUAUAAACAAUCAACUUGAGACAAAAGUCAGAUGACUUAUCCAGGAACAGCAAUUAGGCUCUGCGAAGACUUUUCGUUGGCUACAGUAAAUGUCAGAAGACAAUGAAAUAAACUGUUCAUCAUGCAGAGGAGAAAUGAUUGUCAACCAAGAAGCCUAUACCUCACUGAAUCAUUAUUCAGGAAUGAAGGCAAAAACACCUACUUUUUUCAGGAAACAAAGGCUGGGAAGAGUUUCCCACCCACAUGCUCUCGUUGAAGGGAUGGCUUCAGUAAGAAGGAAGUUCAGACCAGAACGAAGGCAGAGUAUGUACUAAAUUAUGGUCAGGAAAGCGAUCAGUAAACAUAUUGGUGGAUCUAAAGAAGCAUUAACUGUAAAAAAAAAAAAAAAGUUAAUUUGGAGGAUUUUAAAAAUAAAGGGACUAAAAUAAUAGACGAAAUAAAACGGAAGAUGGGAGGGGAUACUUUAGACAUGCUGAAAUCUUUUUCUCGUCUUUCCUAGAGGAGGAUAGAUUCACUGAUCAGCUUUAGAAUUUGUUAACCAUUUAAAGGUAAUCAUUAAUGUAUAGAAAGAGAGAUAGAAUGCUUUGUUCAAGAGUCAAAUCCAUAGAGGGAAAGUGAAGAAUUCUUUUUUUUUUUAAAUUUUAUUUAUUUAUUUAACAGAGAGAGAGAGCAGAGUGGCAGGCAGAGGGAGAGGGAGAAGCAGGCUUCCUGCUGAGCAGGGAGCCCGACGCGGGGAUUGAUCCCAGGACCCUGUGAUCAUGACCUGGGCCAAGGCAGACGCUUAACCGACUGAGCCACCCAGGUGCCCCAAAAUUGAAGAAUUCUCGAUUGAACCAGUAGAAGGCUACAGAAGAGGGAAAAAAGGUAAAGAAAAACAAAGUCCAUGAAAACAUUAAAACAGAAGGUAGGAAGGGGUGCUCAGCAGCUCAGCCAGUUGAGCAUCCAACUCUUGAUCUCAGCUCAGGUUUUAAUCUCAGGGUCAUGAGGAGUUCAAGCCCCGAGUUGGGCUCCACGCUGGGCAUGGAGCCUACUUUAAAAAAAAGACACACACACAAAAACAGAAGGUAGGGACAAUCCUUAAAAAAUAAGAAUUCCAAUAAUUAUGAGUAGAUUAAGUUUUUGGUUAAAGUGUCUCAUACCAGAGGAAAGUUCCAGUAUGAGACUGGUUUUCCUGUAACUGACAGAGAUCCCAAAUAACAAUGCUUUAAAAGGACAGAAGUUUAUUAAGUGAAAUCCAGCUGUAUGGUCUUCAGGGACCCAAGCUCCUGUUAGCCACCCUGCCAUUCCUGGGGUAUGCCCAAGUUUGUUCAUUUUCCAGGUGGCAGGUUUGGAGGAAGGAACAAAGGACAAAGGCGGACAAAGGAUGUGAACCACUCAUACCCCAUUAGGUAGGGCUCCUCACCUGGUACACGUAGCUGCAAAGGAUGCUGGGAAAUGCGGUCUUUAUUUGGGGCGGCCACAUGCCCAGCUAAAGACCAGAGGUCCUUCUACUGUAAGGGCAGAGAGCAGACACCAAAGGGCAGAUACUAGGCUCUUCCCCACAGCUGAGUGCAGGAUCUAAGAGCAUAACAAGAAUCGAAAGGCUGAAAGUGAUGACUUGGAAAACAGAUUUACUAGGAGAAAAUGAACCAAAGGAAGCUCAUAUAAAUACAGGCUUAGCAGACAGAAAUGGGCUACGAGGCAAAAAGCAUUAGGGAUAAAAUGAAUCACAAUUCACUGAGGAAAUCUAAUGUUCCUCGUCUGGACACAACUAACGAUAUAUUUUUCUUUUUUCUUUUUUUAAAAAAUUAUUUAUUUGAGAGAGAGAGAGUGAGAGAGAGAGCACGAGAGGGGGGAGGGUCCGAGGGAGAAGCAGACUCCCCGCUGAGCAGGGAGCCCGAUGCGGGGCUCGAUCCCUGGACUCCAGGAUCAUGAUCUGAGCUGAAGGCAGUCGCUCAACCAACUGAGCCAUCCAGGCGCCCCUCGAUGUAUUUUUCAAUGAAGAAAGAAGUUACAUUUAGAGUUUAGAUAUUCAUUAUUCCCUGAGGAUAGUGUUAGUGUCAAUCCAGUUUGGAUUACAUAAAUUAACCAGCAAAAAUCAAGCACAUUGGGGCGCCUGGGUGGCUCAGUUGGUUAAGCGACUGCCUUCAGCUCAGGUCAUGAUCCUGGAGUCCCGGGAUCGAGUCCCGCAUCGGGCUCCCUGCUCGGCAGGGAGUCUGCUUCUCCCUCUGACCCUUCCCCCUCUCAUGCUCUCUAUCUCAUUCUCUCUCAAAUAAAUAAAUAAAAUCUAUAAAAAAAAAAAAUCAAGCACAUUGGUCAUGUUGAAACUUUAAAUGUGAUUCAGUGUUCUGUCAAUGUGUUCACAUAGACCAGGGAUUGGUCAACUUUUUCUGUAAGAGGCCAGACUGUAGAUUUUAGGCUUGGAGGACCAUAUGGUUUCUGUCAUGACUGCUCAGCUCUGUAUCCCCAAGCAGCCAUGGCCAACACAGAAACCCAUAGGUGUGGCUGGGCUGGAAAUUUAGUAAUUAAUUGACUAAGCUUGAUUCACUGACACUGAACUUUGAAUUUUAUCAACUUUUAUGUGUCAUGAAAUUGUAUUAUUCUUUUACUUUCCCCCCCAACCAUUACUAAAAUGUAAAAACCACUUUUAGCUUGGGGACCAUAUUGUGUCUGUGGACUCUCACUUGCUGACACCUGCUGUAGUCUUAUAAUACGGAGACUCACAACCUCCGCAAUAACUUCCUGUUUAGUUAAGAUCGUGGAACGACAAAAAGUUAUGAGCAUAGUAGCAACUCUGUAUUAAUCGCCUAUUUGCUCACAAUGAAUGGUUUCCAUAAUUUUCCUUUUUCCCUGUGUUUGUUCUGAUUAUAUUCAUUGAAAUGUAAUUUUAUGUCUGAUUAGUCUGGUAAUACAGAUUGUGGGCUUAUAUUCUA